AAUAAAAUAUGACGUAUAACAUGAAGUAGGGAAUGAAAGGUUGGUGUAAGAACUAAAUGUCAGUGUCAUAUCACAGUUCAAUGGAGGUGUCACUAUUCGUUGUGUUGAUUUGUUGUUCAUUGUAUAUCGUUUUAUAAAUAUUAUUAUUUUUAUAUAUAGUGAUGAGUUAUAUAAUUAAUCUAUCGUGCUUAACGAAAUUUACAUGUUUCAAAUUAGUGUAACUAAAAAAAUGGACUAUCCUUGAAAUUCUUAAUUUCAGUAGUAAUGACUGAUUUACUACUACCUCGCGGAGAUACAUUCCCUCGUUCCUUUCUGGACACGUAUCGUGCCACAAAAAAUGAUCAAAUUUAUAACGAAUUAACGUCUAGUAAAAGCGAUGAAUUAGUUCUACAAAAUUCCAUGAGUAUUCCCGUAUCCGAAGAAAUCCAUCACGGCCGAUCUGAAAAUCUUCUAGAUGCUGGUUCAGGUUCAACACAAUCAACAGAAUAUUUAGAUAAAAAGGAAUUAGUUCCUCUACAGAAAGCUCAUAAAAGGAUUCCUGUAUAUGAUCGAGUCGAUCCCGAAGACAGCAUCAGAGAUAUUGUUACUGAAAAUGAUUUUUAUAGAUUCGUUUUAUUCAAAAAACAUUAUGACAAAUAUUUACAUUUGUCACAGAAAUACGAAGAGGCUAGAAAUAUCGCUUAUUAUUUGGAGGAAAAGUAUCAUGAGGUCAAGACGGAAAGAGACGAUUUGAUCAAACAAAGAGAUCAGUUAACGAAAAGACUUGAAUCUAACGAAUCUCUGUUGAGAGAAAAAGAAGACGAAGUAUUUUUGCAGUUUGAAAGGGUUGUUUAUUUGGAAGAACAGUGUGAUAAGAUUCGAGCGGAAAAAGAAAAAUGCGAAGAACAAAAAGAAAUCAUCGAAAAGGAGAGGGAUAAAGCUCUGAAAAUACUUCAAGAACAAGCGAAAGAAUCCGAAUACAAUAGGAGGAAAUUGGAAAGAGCUAGACAAGAAGUAGUAACUCAUAUGACUAGGAUUAAAAAUGAAAAAGAUUCGUUGGAAAGAGAGAACGAUCAAUUGAAGGAAGCGUUAGAAGCGGAACGCAAAGGCGUGGGAAAAUUUUUAAUUCAAGGCAGGCAUUCGAACGAUGAUUUAUGUUGCAUGGAAAAACAGGUAGAGGAUUUUAAAUUGAUGGAACAUUCGAACGGCGCUUUGGCGUCGCAAUUCCAAAAGGCCGUACAACAUUUGGCGACUUGUCGUUUGAAAAAGUGUUCGGUUUGUGCUUACACUAAAUCGACUUAUCGAAAAAUGUCGCCGAAUCAUCGAAAAUACGAUCGUAAAUUGUUCGGCUGCCUCCAAACGCCUUUCCUCGAAAUGCGCAACAUGAUCAAACCGCCCCCGUCGCCGAUCCAUUCGGAAGGCGAAAGCCUAUCGGAGUGGUUCUGCCACGUGGACGGACCAAUCCAAAGCGAUUGUUCGUCGUUGACGGUCCCCUUCGCCGAAUUGUCCAUAUCGUAUAUGGACGACGUUUCGGACACUUCUAGUUACGUACGGGAUAAGGACGACGAAACCGCUCGAGGCAAUUGCGGCAGCUUUAGAAGAUUCGGUAGCGACUCUGGGUUUUCUUCCGACAUAUGCGCCGAUUAUAAAAGUAACACGACGACGCCUAAAGAAAAUAAAUUUUGUCAUAAUUCAACUUUGAACGAAUCCGACUGUGCCAAGUUGACUAGGACGAAAUGGACGGCGUCGUUUCGAAAAUUGAUAAGACGCAUCAAAAAAUAAUUUUCGAAUUUGUUUUUUUUUUGGUUUAAUUAAUUAUUUAUCGAAAUGGUGAAAUGUAGUUUUGAUUUUUUUGUUUGUAGAUUCGUUAAGGUACAAAACAGUAUUUUUUAGAACGACUCGUACUAUUUGGAAAGUGUCCCUCUCCUCCCCAAAAAAAAAUAUGAAAUUGUAUCAAUUUCAAAUUGUCAUUGCGUCUUAUAAAUUCUUUGGUUUCAUUUUUUAUAUUGUCAUUCAUCGUAUGAUUAAUUUCCGUUUUUGUUUGUUAUAUUUUUUUUUAUUUUUGGAGAUAAAAUUUAAAUAGAAAUGUUUCGGGUGAUUUUUUCGUGACGAUUUUAUUAUUUUCGUUUUAAUUUUUGAAAAAAAUUAGUGGAGUGUAUCGAUUUUUUUAUCGCACCUCGUAUACUAUUUUUUCUUCGUGUUUUUAUUAUUUUUUUUCAUCCCUAUUUUGGGAAUUUGAAAAUGUUCAGUGUUAUGUCUAAAAAAAUUUUUGAUUAAAAAAUUGUAUUAAAUAUACAGGGGUGUUGGAAACCUUAAAAAAAACAACUAGAUUCAUUGAAAUUGUUGAUAAAUUUAUUUUUUUCUCUGAAAUCAAUUAAUAUUUCGAAGUAGUAACGAAAAUGUUUUUAAAAAAUUUGUUUGAAUUGUUUUCGAUUUAAAUUUUAAAUCCAAAAAUGAUUUCUGAAACUUUUUUGUUCAAAUUUAGGAAAAUUUUCUAAUUUUAUUGGAAAUAAAAUAAUUUGUUAAUAAAAAUUGAUCUAAUUUGAUAAAUUUUUCAACUUUUCGCACCUCGUAUAUUCCUUCAGGAAAUUUUUCGAUUGAAAUAAUUUUUAUUCAAAAAUUUCCAUAUUUCCAUAGAAAUUGAAAAAAAUGAUUAAAUUCGAUCCUAACAGAAAAAUAGUGAUGAAUUAUACGAGAAACGAUAAAAAAGUUGAAUAAUCGACUUAAUUGGAUUAAAUUCGUUACUCAAUUUUUUUAUGGCUCCUCGUAUAAUUCAUUACGUGUUUUUGUUUCGAUUGAUUUUCAUAAUUUUAUUUAUUUCUAAUUCCCUCAUAUAGAAAUUUUUAGAUAUAAAAUUGUUUAUAUCGAAAAUAUAUUCAAAUGAUUAUACGAGGAGCGACAGAAAAGUUAAAGAACGUAUUUUCUCAGAUAUCGAUUGAGUUAAAGCAAUUUUUUAAACAUUUUUAAUGUUCCUCGUAUAAUUAAUUUAAUUUUUAAUAGAAAAUUUUACUGGUCUAAUUUCAUGUAAAAAAAUAAUUCGUUAAUAGAAAUUGAUCUAAUACGAUAAAUUUUUGAAUUUUUUAAAGCACCUCGUAUAUUCGUUUUUAAAUUUUUUCGAUUUAAAAAUUUUUAUUCAGAAAUUUCCAUAUUUUCGAUUAGAAAUGAUGAAACUUGAUCGAAACAAAAAAAUGUAAUGAAUGAAAUUUUCAAGAAUUCAAUCAAAUCGAUUAUUCAACUUUUUUAUCGUUCCUCGUAUAAAUCAUUACAUUUUUUUUGUUUCGAUCGAACUUCAUAAUUUCUUUAUUUCUAAUUCGAAAAUAUGAGAAUUUUUGAAUAAAAAUUGUUAAAAUCGAAAAAAUUUUCAAACGAAUAUACGAGGUGCGAUAAAAAGCUCAAAAAUUUAUCGAAUUAGAUCAGUUUCUAUUAAUGAAUUAGUUGUUUUUUCGAUAAAUUUAGACGAGUAGAAAUUUUUUACUGAAAAUUGUAUAUAUCGAAAAGAAAAAAUGGAAUUUGAUUAUACGAGGAGCAUUAAAAAUGUUGAAUAAUCGACUUGAUUUGAAAAUUCAUUAUUCAACUUUUUUUAUCGUACCUCGUACAUAUAUAAUAUGAUUUUUGUAAUAUUUUACAUUAAAAACAUCAAACAAAAAAUAUUUGCGUGAAUAUACGAGUAGCGAUAGAAAAGUUUAAAAACGUAUUUCCUCAUACAACGAUUGAAUUAAAUAAAUGUUUCAACAUUUUUAAUGCUCUUCGUAUAAUUAAUUUAAUUUUUCUAAUCUAUACAAUUAUUUUUGUGAAAAAUUACUACUUUGCGAAAUAGAAAUACAAAAAAUCAUAAAAGGUUCAAAUCAACAAAAGGUUAUAUACGAGGAGCGAUAGAAAAGUUAAAAAUAUUAAUUCAAUUCGAUUAAUUUCAAUAUUUUUCAACUUUUUUAUCACAUCUCGUACAUUAUUUUUCUUUGGAUCAUUCUUUUUUUAACAAUUCCACAUAUUUGCAUGAUUUUUUGUUAGAAAUUUCGAUGUUUACAAAAUAGAAUUUAAAAAACUUUAUAUCAGAGUCUGUUUAAUAUGGAAAAAAAAUGUUUAGAUAUGAAUUUAUAGAAAAAUAGUACAAUUGAUUCAUAAAAAAAAUUAAAAUAUUUAUAAGGAUACGUUGAAAUUUAUUAAUUAGGUACAGGGUACUUGAAAACCAAACUAGAACUCAACAUUUGAUUGACGGAUGACAGAACGACGGCAAUAACUUGUUAAUACAGUCACUUCCUCGAAAAUCUUGAAAAAAAACGAAUAUUUCGAUGUCUGUUUGACCUCUAGAUCAUAUUUCUAUGGAAAACGUGAUGAUUAUCUUUUCAAUUAUCCCCCGUAGCUUCUCAAUUUCUAUUUAUGAUUGCUAAAAACAAUAAUUUCGACUUCUAUGUCCCCCAGAUUAUAUUUUUAUAGGAAAAUUGAAUUUUCUCAUGCUUUUUCGUUCCAAUUUUCCCCUUACCAAUUAAUUUCUUUUUCAAUUGUAACAAAAAAAUUUUUGUCGAAUUUUUCGAUAACGAUUCGAGAUCUAUAUGCCUUUAGAUGGCAUUUUUUCCUUUAAACUGCCCCUUUAUCUCAAUAGAUGGACUUUUUUACAAUUUUCAUAAAUUGUUCUUUUGGAACUUUAGGUUCCUAUUGCCCCCCGUAGUUUUCCGUUUAAUUGUUGAGAAACAAUUAUUUAAGGUCUAUAUGCCCCUAAGUGGCAUUGAAUUAUAAUUCUUUGGAAAAUAUGUUGACUUUCCAAUUAUUAUAGUAGUUUCUUUUUUAAUUCUUAUAGCAUUUUUUUUCAACAAAACCUUCCUGUAAUUCGUUCAUUUUUUUAUUUUAAUAGUGGGAAAAUUUUUGAUUUGAAAAUAUUUUGAUAGAAAAUAAUCAUUUUGAGGUCUGUUUAUUUGUAGGAAAAAUAUGGUGGUACAUUUCGAGAACAUUUUCCCAAGAGACAUAAACUUAAGAGAAAAGCGAUUUUUUCUUAUUAAAAUGCUAUGAAAUUUAUAGUUGUAUGUGAAACAUUUCCUCCCCAAAAAUAAUUCGAUUUAUAACAAAACAAAAAUAUACAUUUUUCUACUCCUUAAUACUAACCCGAUUAACAAAUUUGGGGUCUUCGAAACAUGGUGACGGCAAAUUAGUGAUACCAGAGUAUUCGGAAAAAUAAUUAAUUAUGAAAAAAAUCCAUUUAGGUCGGUCCCAAAUUUCUGUACAAUUUUUUUAAAGUUUCCAUUAAAAAAUAACCGAAAAUAUCUAGUUUUUACCCCUUAGUCCGUUACUAAAAUUUAAUAUCAACCCGAUUAACAAAUUUGGGGUUUGCGAAACUUUGUUACAGCAAGGUAAUGAUACUAGGGGACGUCUAAAAGUAGUUAUUAACAAAAUAGAUUAUUUCUUCUACUUUUCGUACAAUAUAAUAAAUUUCAUAGCAUAAAAAUGUACGUUUGGUUACGUGACUUGACAAUUUUCAAUUAAAUUUGAAAAUUAUGUAGGAAGUUGUAUAAAAAAUGGAAAAGAAACGCGAUUGUUUGGUGUCUCUCAAUUAAACAAAAUCUAUAUUAGAGGAUCGUGAAAUAAAAUUUCCUACUAUUCGGUAUUCAUUUAUAAUAAAUCAUCAUUUAAUUCAUAUAUUGAUCACUCUGUAUAUUAUUUAAUAAAUUAAUGAAAGAAAGAUAUUAGAGGCAGCUACUAGGUACUUAAUUCGUUGAACUAUUUAACCUGAAGAUGUUUAUUAGAUAUAUCGAAACGUUCCUGCAGAUUAUAUUUAUGUACAAGGUGCUUAUUUUAUUAUCGGCACUAAAUCGGUUGAUAAUUAGUUUUUAUUAUUUAAUCGCAUUGUAUCUUAGCCAAUAUUUGUAAGUUCGAAAUUUGUUUACUUCUGAAAUUGACUCGGUUGGUAGGAUAAUCUGUAACUACUACGUUCGAAGAUUUUUCGGAAAUUUAAUUCAGAAGUAAACAAAUGAUUUUUUUUACACGUAUACAUUUUUUUGAAAACUUUUACAUUCCAAUUUUACAGCAAUAGAGUCGAAUUUUUUUAAAAAAUGUUUUUUUUUUUGGAAAAAUUCGAACUGUUUUUCUUUCCGUGUUGGUAUUGAAAUGUCGAAAUGUGAUACCCCGAUGAUAUUUACAAGUUUGUAAUGUUUAACUGAAAUAAAUCACAUUAGGAAAAA